AUGAAGUCGCUUACGGCGCAGGGUCUGGAGCAGUUGUGCUCUGGAGAGCAUCUUCACCUACUCAAUGCCGUCGACUCGCUCCGCUCGCAAGGUGUCAGCCAUUACAUAUCCUUGCCUCAGAUUAUUGUGUGCGGCGACCAGUCCUCUGGAAAAAGUUCAGUCUUGGAAAGCAUCUCUGGCGUUUCUUUCCCGGUCAAAAGCAGCUUGUGCACUCGGUUCCCGACCGAGCUCAUUCUUCGCAAGACUACUGUUUCCUCCAUCAAUGUCUCUAUUGUGCCGCACCAAUCUCGCAGCGAAUCCGACAAGGAAUCUCUUUCCAAGUUCCACGAGAACUUGCCAGACUGCCAAGACCUACCUGCGCUAAUCGAUAGCGCAAAGUCUGCCAUGGGCGUGAUGACAGUGGGCAAAGCGUUUUCUGGAGAUAUCCUGCGCAUUGAAGUCAAUGGCCCGGACCGCCCGCAUCUCACCAUUGUGGACUUGCCGGGACUCAUUCAUUCCGAAAACAAGCACCAGUCCGCAUCAGACAUUCAGCUCAUCAACAAUGUUGUACAGGGGUACAUGAAAGAGCCCCGAAGCAUUAUCCUGGCUGUUGUAUCAGCCAAAAAUGACUACGCCAACCAGAUUGUUCUGAAACUCGCCCGUGAAGCAGAUCCUAGAGGGACGAGAACCCUAGGGGUCAUCACCAAGCCAGACACGCUCAUACCGGGAUCUGGGAGCGAGCACAUGUUUGUCUCUCUGGCGAGAAACCAAGAUGUCGAGUUCCGCCUGGGCUGGCACGUAUUGAGAAACCGCGACACCGAAGCGGAAAAUUGGACAUUUGACCAGCGCGAUGCCGCAGAGCUUCAGUUUCUGUCAUCAGGUGCCUGGGCAGGCCUUUCUUCAAAAGACUUGGGCAUCAAGUCCUUGAGAGACCGAUUGAGUGACGUCCUUGUGCGCCAGAUUGUCUCUGAGCUCCCGAAUCUCAUUGAAGAAAUCGGAGAAUUGUCUGCUCAAUGCCAAAAACGUCUUGACAAGCUCGGUCUACCACGAGAAACCAUCUAUGAACAGAGAAUGUAUCUCAUCCAGAUUAGUCAAUCAUUCCAAGCUAUGCUUCGGGCUACGAUUGAUGGCACAUACAACGACCCGUACUUUGGGGAUGCCAUGUCAUCGAACGGCUAUCACAAGCGCACCCGAGCCGUUGUUCAGAAUCUCAAUCGAGCCUUUGCAGAAGACAUGGCCCGCAACGGUCAACGGUACAACGUCGUGGCCGACGGCAAGAAUGCAGCCUCAGAGAGUAGCGAGCUAUUGACUCGUGAGGAAUACAUUAAGAAAAUAGUCUUGAUCAUCCAAAGAGGCCGAGGUAAAGAGCUGCCUGGCAUGUUCAAUCCCAUGGUCGUCACAGAACUAUUCAAGGAACUCUCAUCGCCGUGGAGCAAGAUUGCAGAAAGCCACAUACAGAAAGUGUGGGAGGCGGUUCGCCUGUCGUUGAGCCAUCUUGUAACGCACAUUGCAGACACUACCACUGUCAAGGCAAUCUUGACGCGUGUUUUUGAGCCCAAGUUGGAUUUCUUGCGGAAAGCCUUAUAUGAGAAGCUGUCGGGGCUACUCAAGCCACAUCAAAGCGGACAUCCCAUUACCUACAACCACUACUUUACGGCAACUCUACAGAACAUUCGCCGGGAGCGCGAAAGGUCGAGAGUCAUGGCGUUAUUGACGGAAGAGUUUGGCCAAAUUUCCAUGUCGACGAAAACUUUUGUUAGCAGAUCUAUCGACUUCGAGGGAUUUGUUGACCGACUCGUUCUUCCACAAGAGCCGGAUAUGGAUCAUUUCUCCGCCUGUGAGGCGCUAGACUUCUUAGAUGCGUAUUACAAGGUUGCCCUGAAGCGCUUCGUCGAUGACGUUGCGGUUGAAGUUAUUGAGGCUUGUCUUUUGGAAAAGCUCAGCGAUAUUAUGGACCCGAGCUCCAUCUUUAUGAUGAGCGAGGCUGAAGUUGCUGGCAUCGCGGCGGAGACGGAAGAGAGUCGGGCAGCCCGCGAAGAACUGAAGACUAAGUUGAAGAUACUCAAAGGCGGAGAUGAAACUUGCAAGAAAUUUGCGGCGCUCUAUUUUAACGUUCUGGGCAAUGCCGUGAGCGAUACGAGUAACACGGUCGAUCGAUCUAGUGAUACUGGAGACGAGGGGCCCGCAACAGAUCCAACGGCAGCAACUCAUAGCGAUGGAGAAUCUGUCUGUGAGGCUGCUCCCGAGGCCGCCUCAUCCAUGAAUCAUGUCUUGGAGGAACCGAUGACUGAGCCGGCUCCUGAGCCGAUACCUUCUAUGGUUGACGAUACUGCAUGGCCUACCAGUAGUAAAAUGUCAAAGAAGGCAAAACUUAAAAGAAUGAGGGAGAAGAGGAAGGCAUCGUCUGAAGAGACUGCACCUGAGCCUGACGCUGAGCCUGACGAGAGGCCUGAAGAGCAGUCUGCAGAGGCAACUCCAAAUCCUUACGGCUGUUCCUGGUCCAGAUGA